AUGGCUCAAAUAGAGCUCCCUGCAGAGCUGAUCUUGCAUGUCGUCGAGUGUCUAAUACCCUCAACUCUUCCUGUGGUGUUCGGCCCCCAACACAUCGUGACUCGCACGCUUCGCAGCUUGACCCUGGUCUGCAGGCUGGUAUCCCGAACCGCCAAACACCUCUUGAUUAAGCACUGUCUUUAUAUCGAUACCAGUCAGCGACUGGACAGGUUACUGGACGUCUCUCCGUACGCCUUUGUAAGUCAGAAUGGACACUGUCCGUUCCCGGCUGGGCUUUUUCUCUCCCCUUUUCCUCCUGAGAACCUCAACAAGCCCUCCAUAGCACGGCAACUAGAUCACCUGUCAUUGGCAGUCUGCAGUGGCCUUGCACGGCUCGUUAUCGAUAUGCCCCUCCGAUAUCUCUACCCCGAGGACGAUCACUUACGAGUUCGCCCAAUCCUCCGAGAGGCAUUCAGGCGCAUGGCAAUGCUCGAGGAGUUUUGCUCCGUCCGAGACGAGCUCUAUUUGAGCACCAAGGAAGGGAUGCAGGAGCCAGCGAUUUGGUCUUUCUGGCCGCGCCUGCAGCGUCUCGCGCUGUACAACGUGGCCAUCGAGUCUAGCCAGUUCAUCGAGGGUCUGCGCCAGUGUCUUAACCUGACUCACCUAGUCCUUGUUCGACCCGACGGCCUGGCUGAUGGGGUCCCUGGGGAAGAGAUUGGCUCGGAAUUUCUGCCUUCGCUUCAGCGCCUUAUGAUCGUGAAUACCGCGGAGGGAUUCCUGCAUAGCACACACGUCGACCAAAGGACGUGGGAGGAAUCCUUUGUUGGACGACUGCAUGCUUUACGGAGCAGCUCUGGCUCUGGCGAUGCGGAUGCUGGCGACAGCGAUUCGGAAUCAGGGUCGGUUGCUAGUUAUCUCUCGCUACGAGUCCCGUUUGGCAGGGAUGAGGAGGAUAUUGAAAUAUGUCAGGAGUGGCUGUCUGUGCAGGCCGUCAAUGGUACACUGUGGGAUAUUUCUGAUGAUCAGCGAACUCUUAUUUGA